AUGAAGGAUAUCGCGGCCAAGAAGAAACACUCCCGCUUCUUACCCAUAGGUGAAUGCACAGUUAAGGAAGGAUUACUGUACUAUCAGGGUCUACUAUACAUCCCUGACAACGCCGCUAUCAAGUUGGAGAUCCUCCGCACCCACCAUGAUGCACCUUCGGCCGGACACCCAGGACGGGCACGCACGCUGGAACUACUGUCCCGGAACUUCUACUGGCCCCAAAUGCGGAAGUACGUUGCCCGUUAUGUGGACCACUGCGAUACCUGCUCCCGAAUUAAGCCGGCCCGACACGCCCCGUAUGGUCCCCUCAAACCACUGGCUCCCCCAGUCAAACCUUGGUCUUCGUUAUCCAUGGACCACGUUACAGGCCUACCCGAGUCCCAAGGAUCUAACGCCAUCUUAGUAGUGGUCGACCGGCUCACCAAAAUGGCCCACUACAUCCCCACGAGAGACACCGCCGACGCCCCGGAACUGGCCCGACUAUUCCUACAACACAUCUGGAAAGCACACGGGCUGCCGAAAGACAUAGUAUCAGACCGGGGCUCAACCUUUACCUCGCAGUUUUGGAAGUCACUCUGCGGCCAAUUGGACAUCAAACCCCGAUUCAGCACAGCCUUUCACCCACAAACAGACGGACAGACUGAAAGGGUAAACGCCAUUAUGGAGCAAUACUUACGGGGCUACGUCAACUACCAACAGGAUAACUGGGCAGAGUUUCUUCCCCUGGCAGAAUUCGCGCAUAACAAUGCCUCUACGGAACCGUUGGGAGUCAGCCCGUUCUUUGCCAACUAUGGGUAUAAUUCUCAACUAGACGUCCUCCCUGCUGAAGAAACGCGCAAAGUCACACCGAAGGAGGUAUUGGAAUUUACGAACGCAAUCUCCACCUUACAGGCUGCCCUGCGAUCAGAGAUCCUGUAUGCACAAGCCGCCGCCGCCGAGAGUGCAAACGCCACCCGACUUCCAGAGCCCCGACUCGAAGUAGGAGAUAUGGUAUGGCUAUCGAGAAAACACAUACGCACCACUAGGCCAUCGGACAAACUAGAUCACAAACGGCUAGGGAAGUUCAAAAUACUCGAACGCAUCGGAUCACAUGCCUACCGCUUGGAACUCCCCGCCUCGAUGAAGUCCCACCCCGUAUUCCACGUUUCGUUGCUAGAACCUGCUCGGACCCAACCUUUGCCAGGCCACAUACAACCACCACCGCCCCCGGUAAUCGUUGAAGGGGAGGAGGAGUUUGAAGUACAGGAAGUACUGGACUCCCGAAUACGGCAUCGGCAAUUACAAUACCUAGUCAAAUGGACCGGCUACGAACAACCCACCUGGGAACCGGCUCGGAAUCUCGAUGCGGAAUUAGGGGAACUGCAACGCUUCCGCUCCCUAUAUCCCAACAAGCCCACGGCAAUCCUUAAGAGGACCUUGCGUAGGAAAGUAUAG